CUUGUGAACACUAAAAAUCACAUUUAUUUUCCAAUCAUCAUGAAACAUGAAUCGUCAGAAAAUUUGUUUAAAUAAUAUCUUGGAUGAGUUCGAAAAUGGUUCUGGUUGCUUGAAAAACAUAGCCCCCAGGGGGCAGGGCAUUUUUGCAUAUAUGGCUUUAGAAAAAACAUGUUAACACUCUAAAAGUCACAUUUAUUUUCCAAUCAUCAUGAAACUGUGUCAGAACAUUCGUUUUAAUGAUGAUCUUGAUGAGUCUGAAAAUUGUUCUGGUCUGUUUAAAAGUUGGCCACCAGGGUGUGGGGAAAUUAUCCUUAUAUGGUUUUAGUAAACCUUUUUUGUACUCUAAAAGUUACAUUAUAAGUUUACUCUUCAUGAAACUUGUCAAAACAUUUGUACUAAUUAUAUCUUGGGCUGCAGAGAACAGGUCAGUUCCUUUGUAUCUUAGUGGGUACCAUUAACUAACCCAACGAUGGUGAACUUGGAGGUUCAGGGCCAUUGCAUGGCUCUUCUUCACCACCUUUACACUCUGCUAGAAACUGGAACUAUGUGCGAUGUAACAUUACAGGCAAGUGAUCGGAAUAUCCGAGUGCAUAAGCUUGUGUUGGUAGCCUCAAGUCCCUUUUUUGCGGACCUUAUUGUUCGAUCAACUAAAUCCAGUUUGCAGCUGAGAUCCUACUCUGGAAAUGUAUUGAAAAUAGUUGUAAACUUCAUGUAUUUGGGUACACUUCAAGUCAGUCCAGAAGACAUUGAUGAUGUUAUUAGUUUGUGUAAAGAUUUUCAGCUUAUGGAUGCUUUAAAACUGUGUAAUAAUUACAAAGAAAAAGUAAAAGGAAAUUCUCAAGUCGCUAAUGAAUUGAAGGCUGUUGAUGAAAGCAACCAUGGUUACCACAUAUCUUUACAAAGCAGUUCAGAACAAAAUGAGGAAUUUAUUGAAAGAUUUGUUGAAAAUGAUGAACCAGUUAGGAUAAAAAAACAGGCUGCUGUGAAAGGCAAGUCUUUAAAAGCAAUCGCCAAAAGUAAGAAGACAAGAAAACGGGCUUUUAAGGGUCCAAAGCAAAAACACAAAAGAGACAUAGUUGAAUAUCCAAAAAAUGCAAACAUUGUUUAUGAAUCACAAGUUUCCACCAUAAAAAUGGAAGUUGAUGAAACUAACUAUAAAGCAGAUGAUAAUGCAAACACAAAGAAAAUUGAAGAAAGCUCCAAUUCGACUGAUAAAGAGCAUGUAAACUUUUCAGUUACUGAAAAUACUUAUGACACUGAUACUGAUGAUUUUGAAAUAAGCAGUGACUUUGAAAAGGCACCUGAGACAAAGAAAGAAAGUAUUAAAACAAAAGAGACUAAUAAAACACUUCAAACAGGAGAGAAACCAAAGAGAGUUUAUAAGAAACGGGAGAGGGAACAAGUUCCUUGCAGUGUUUGUUCGAAGGUUUUGUCCAGCCGUAAGCGGAAGGUAUUCCACGAGUUUAGCAAACAUGGUAUCCAGUAUGAUGCAGAGAAAUACAACAUGACUCCUUGUGAAAUGGAGGGGUGCACUUAUGUGGCAUCAAACAGGCACAACUUGAAGGCACACAUGAAAAGUCGUCACUCCGAGGCCCGUCCGCAUGUGUGUGAGUUUUGUGGGAAGGCGUUUAAACUUGCUAACAUCCUGCGUACUCAUCUGAAUAUUCACAGUUCUGAGAAGACCUGGCAAUGCCUUCUUUGUGAUGAGGGAUUCAAUCAGCAAAGUGGUCUGGAUAUCCACAUCAAGCGUCACCAUAUCGGGGAGAAGUCCUGGUCAGAGCUGUGCCAUCUGUGCUCUGAGAAGUUCAUGCUCAAGUCUGACCUGUCCUGGCACCUCUUCAAGGCACAUGGGCAGCCGCUACCAGAGAACUACAAAGUGUACCAGUGUGACCAGUGUUCAUUCAUGACCAAGAGUUGCAAAGAUUUUGAGCGACAUGAGAACAUUCACAAAGGGAUCAAGAAAUAUAUGUGUGGGCUUUGCCAGAAAGCUUGUAGCACUAACAGCGAGCUUAAACGUCAUGUUAGUUUUCAUGGAGAAAAGAAGUUCAAAUGCCCAUUCGAGGGGUGUCAGUUUGCCUGCACUGAUCAGAUUGGACUUCAAAAGCACCAGCGACUUAUGCACACACAUAAGGAUGUCAAGCCCUUUGCCUGCCCAAUCUGCCACUAUCGGACAGGUGUCAAAGGGAACGUUGACAAACACAUCCGCACAGUACAUGACCUUGUUGUGGUCACCAAACACACUGUGGCACUGAAAAUGAAAUACGCUCAGUUUGAUUCUGGCGAUGUGAUCACCAAAGAUGGACAGCUCGUUGCAGCAGCAUCUUUAAGAAAGUCUUUGCAAGAGGGACCACCUUUGGACAAAGAUGGAAAUAUUGUAACAGAAAUUGAGGAAAGUGGUCCUUCAGAAAAAGAGUACUACAUGAAAAAUGAACCAAAGUGUGAGAACACCAAGCAAGAACAGUAUGACAAUAGCGUUAACAUCAGCAAUGCUCAGGGCAUUUCUUCUGGGGUUAUGUCAAAUUUGGAUCCAUCCGAGUACACUGCAGCAGUUAUGAAUUUGAUGCCCAAUUAUGCAGGAAUUGUGCAAUCUCAGAAUGGUCGUGACUUGACUAUGUUGACAAACUUUGUGUACAUCAACGGUUCUCAAGCUCUGCAGGCUACCAGUGAGGCAGAGGACUUGAGAAUGCCUACUUGUAACGCAAAUGGGGUGGAACAGAUGCAGGUAUUUAACCUCGAACAUGGAGACGUCUAUAUCAGCAAUUUGUGAUCUUAAGUUUGUAUUACCUUACUUUCAGAAGGUAGGGGGGGCUUGCAUAAUGAUUUGCGCUUGGUAUAAUUAAUGUGAUAUAUGAUAUUUGACCAUUCUGCCUUAUACCUGAUUUCUUUGUUUUGAAUGUAUGUAUUUUAGUCAGAAUUAUUUAAUAGUUUAUUGUUGUCUGUUGUUGACAAAAUUUGCUCUAAGCCAAAAGUCAAUAUAGGGAAAAAUAUACAGGUCAUGUUUUCAAAAAUGGUACUUGCUGUUUCACCUGUUGACAAAAAGUAAAUAUAAAGCUGUGAAACUAUUCAUUAAUAACUCUGAAAAAGUCCCAAAGCUAGAUCACUAUCAAGUGCAAUAUUCUUUUUAAUUUUAAAAAUGUUGUGUUAAAUAUUGUUCAGAUUAUAUAUAAUAUAUAUUUGUAAACAACAUCAUAUUUAAAUUCUUUUCAUCAAAUUCUUAGUUUGUAUUGACCACUAAAUAAUUGAACGUUUAACAUGUUUUCUUUAAAUAUUAAUGUUACUCAUUUGUUCUUCUCUGAGAAUAUAGGACAACACAAAGAAUACCGGUAGUAGCAAAUAUUGAGUUUUGCUCUAUAUGUACAUGUUAAAAUUAACAGGUUCUGUAUGGAAUAAACACAUGUACUGACAAUGUAGUUUUUUUUCUAGAACAUAUUGAUUUAGAAUCACAGCAAUAAUUUGUGUUCUUCCUCUUUGCUGAUUGUAAAUGAAUUAGAGGAAAGCAAUAUGUUCAUAUUUUUUUUCUGAAAGAUGGUUGCUGUAUUUUCAUGUGCAAUAACUUCAUGUCACAAAUGAUAAGUAUUGCUAUGCACAUUUAAAACCACUACAAUUAGAAUUCUGUUAAAAGUAUGAUUUUCAAUUCAGUUCAAUGUGUUAAUUUGCUUACAACUUUACUGCUUAGAAUAGAUGUGAAUAAUACACAUAUCUAGUAAGUCAGCAGCAGAAUAAGAAAAUAUAUUAAAUCCAAAUUUGAAUUGCUAGUAACUGCUUUCUUUCUAUGUUACAAUUCUUGAAAUUCACUUAUAUUUUGAGUUUAUAGUUUUGUAUGUAAAUACUAUAUGAGAUUUUCAGUAGUUAUAUAUGAAGUUUUGGUGUUAGCCUUUAAUAAUACCUUCUUUUUUUUAUAAUUGUCGCGAAGAUUUUUAAUGAGUUUCAUUAUCAGCUAGCUAGGUUUAACAAAUAUUUAUGCCUACAGUGUUUUUUUUUCUGGAAAAUUUAUACUUAUUUUCAUUGUAGUGUCAACUAAUGUUAAAGUAUUUGUUGUUAAGUUAAUUAAGUUUAAUUAAAUCGAUCCGUUCAGAUAUUUUAGGGUGUUUGAUAUUUCUGAAUUAAGACAAAACUUAGUUUUGAGAUGAAAACGUAUAUGUUUUAUUAAGCAAGGAUAAUAACUUACAAAUGUAUAUAAAAAUCAGAAUUUGACACUUAACUGUCUUUGUAUUUAUCCCAUUAUUUAGUCCUUUCUUGGUUUGAAAGGUACAAUUGUAAUUCUCUGUCAAUAAUGUCAGUCUGUUUGCUUAUAAGUACGCUCUCCAUCAGUCUGUAUGUCCACCUCACUGUCAGUCUAUCCUAUCCCUCUGCGAAAUAUGUUCAUUUGAUGUCACAAAAACUACUGAAGCUUCUCUAUGACAAUUUGUAUACUUUAUAUUUUUAAAAGGCAUUUAAAUAUUAUGCACAACCCUUUCUUUUUGUACAAUGGUUUAAAGGUCAGGUUGGUACAACAACAUAAAUGAGAAAAACGUUUACAUCAUAUUCACUCAAAAAGUACAUUAUAUAUUAUGAUUAAAGUUGGUUAACACAUUGAGUUUUUUUUUGUCUAUCUGCAUGUCUGUUCCUCUGUUCAUCUGUCUGUAUGUCUGUUUGUCCUCAUAAACUUAAAGAUUGUAAUAACAUGAAAGUGCCUCUAGUCAUAAAACUGUGUGUACACUUUUAGCGUUAGGUUUUUCUGUCUGUCAUUGCUUCCCUUGUUUAUCAAUCCUCCUGUUUGUGCAUGCGCAUAAAAUGAAUUUAAUUGAAAAGUACGUAUAAUAUUAAACUGAAUCCGCCAAUCUCUCCGAAAGUGCUUAUUUUUCUUAUUAAGGGCCACGUGGGAAUUAUGCAUGACCUUUUGGUUUUUGACAGGAGGUCAAAGGUCAUGACAUUGUUAUUAUAAAGUGAACAAAUAUUAAUAUUGUACUAAUCAAGAACUAUAUAUUAUUUGGUUGUGAAACUAGGUUUAUUUGGCUGUAUGUGCCCUUUUGUCGUGUCUGUCAAUCUCAUCCUAUCUUCAUCCAUCUGUUUAUCUGGCCUUCCAGAAAUUAAUUUUCUUUAAUACAUAGAACAUGACAAAACAACCUGGUAUACUUAUCUAAGUGAUAAAAUGAUUUUGCAUAACUCUUCAUUUAUGCACAUGUCAAGUGUCCCUUGAGUAUUACUGAAAGUACAAUUACAUAAAAUAAUGCAUUUUGUUCUAAACAUACAUGAGAAAUUGUUCUGAAACUUGGCAUGCACAUGAAAACUUAAUUGACAGUUAUGUAUGCAACCUUUUUUUCAUUAAAGGUGAAUGUUAAAAAACAAUCUUGAAUGUUGAUGUCCUAAAUAUAUAUUAGACUUCAUUAUGAAACAUAACAAGUGAAGAGAUAAAAAAGGGCAACAUAAGAUAAUGCUCAUAUUUUAUUUGUAUUUAGGUUUUUCUUUGAACCAAAAUGGACUUCUGAAUUGUGUGCAUUACUGUCAAAACUGUGGUCCAGUUUUUCUGCCUUUUUUUGAAGAUAAGGGAAAGUUUCCAGAAAAAUACAGUUGACUUUUGUCUUUUUAGCUCACCUGAGCACAAAGUGCUCAUGGUGAGCUUUUGUGAUCGCCUUUUUUCGUUGUCAGUUGUGCGAUGUCAACAUUUGCCUUGUUCACUCUCUAGAGGCAACAUUUAUUGUCCAAUCUUCAUGAAAUUUGGUCAGAAGAUUGGUUUCAAUGAUAACUUGGAUGAGUUCGAAAAUGGUUACGUUUGCUUGAAAAACAUGGCUGAAGGGGAGGGGCAUUUUUCCUAAUAUGGCUAUAGUAAAAUCUUGUUAACACUCUAGAGGCCACAUUUAUUGUCUGAUCUUCAUGAAACUUGGUCAGAAGAUUCAUCCCAAUAAUAUCUUGGAAGAGUUCGAAAAUGAUGCCGGUUGAUUAAAAAACAUGGCCCCCAGGGGGCGGGGCAUUUUUCCUUAUAAGGCAGCUUUAGGCUAUAGUAAAACCUUGUUAACACUCUAGAGGCAACAUUUAUUUUCCGAUCUUCAUGAAACUUGCUCAGAAGAUUUGUCCCACUAAUAUCUUUGAUGAGUUCAAAAAUGGUAACCUUUGCUUGAAAAACAUGGCUGCCAAGGGGCGGGGCAUUUUUCCUUAUAUGGCUUAAUAUGGCUAUAGUAAAAUCUUGUUAACACUCUGAGGCCACAUUUAUUGUCCAAUCUUAAUGAAACUUGGUCAGAAGAUUCAUCCCAAUAAUAUCCUGGAAGAGUUAGAAAAUGAUGCCGGUUGGUUGAAAAACAUGGCCGCCAGGGGGUGGGGCAUUUUUCCUUAUAUGGCUAUAGUAAAACCUUGUUAACACUCUAGAGACCACAUUUAUUGUCCAAUCUUGAUGAAAUUUGGUCAGAAGAUUUGUCUUAAUGAUAUCUUGGAUGAGUUUGAAAGUGGUAACGUUUGCUUGAAUAACAUGGCCGCCAAGGGGCGGGGCAUUUUUCCUUAUAUGGCUAUAUAAGGCUAUAGUAAAAUCUUGUUAACACUCGAGAGGCCACAUUUAUAGUCCGAUCUUCAUGAAACGCGGUCAGAAGAUUCAUCCCAAUAAUAUCUUGGACGAGUUCAAAAAUGAUGCUGGUUGGUUGAAAAACAUGGCCACCACAGGGGCCGGGCUAUUUUCCUUAUAUGGCUAUAGUAAAACCUUGUUAACACUCUAGAGGUCACAUUUAUUUUCCGAUCAUCAUGAAACUUGAUCAGAAGAUUUGUCCCAAUGAUAUCUUGGAUGAGGUCGAAAAUGGUUUUGGUUGCUUUAAAAACAUGGCCACCAGGGGCAGGGCAUUUUUCCUUAUAUGGCUAUAUAUGGCUAUAGUAAAACCUUGUUAACACUCUAGAGGCCACAUUUAUUGUCCAAUCUUCAUGAAAUUUGGUCAGAAGAUAGGUCUCAAUGAUAUCUUGGAUGAGCUGAAAAUAAUUAUGUUUGUCUGAAAAAAUGGCUUCCAAGGGGCGGGGCAUUUUUCCUUAUAUGGCUAUAGUAAAAUCUUGUUAACACUCUAGAAGCCACAUUUACUGUCCGAUCUUCAUAAAACUUGGUCAGAAGAUUCAUCCCGAUAAUAUAUUGGAUGAGUUAAAAGAUGAUGCCGGUUGGUUGAAAAACAUGGCUGCCAGGGAUCAGGGCAUUUUUCCUUAUAUGGCUAUAGUAAAACCCUGUUUACACUCUAGAAGCCACAUUUAUUUUCCGAUCUUCGUGAAACUUGGUCAGAAGAUUUGUCCCAAUAAUAUCUUGUUAUCUCAGGUGAGCGACUUUGGGCCUUUCAGGCCCUCUUGUUUCAUAAUGUGAAGUAUUCUUUAUCUUUUGGAUGUUUUAAUGGGUAAAAUAUUGUCACAUAACUUGACAAUAUUAUGGUUGGGGUGUAACAUUUUUAUGAACUUUUAGAUACUGUGUUAGUUUAUUAUUCUGUUAUGAAUUACACUGUUGUCGAUUUUUGUCAUGUUUGUUGUUUAUCUGUUUCCUGGUUUAUUUAUAUACAUGUAUUUAAAGACAUUAAGUGAUACCCUUAUCACUGGGCCCAUGCAUCCAUGUUGGAAACACAUGCGACUAGUUGCAAUAAACUGAUAUUUACCAUU